AUGAAACUCGAUCCCAAGGAGUCUAAUAUAACGUUACUCGAAAUCAAGAAUUUUCCGAGUUUCACACGUGUGGAUUUGGUAUGUUCGGGUGAAAACCUCUAUGUGCUGCAGAAUCCCACGGUCUUCUGCUCACAACCUCAGAUCAAGGCUCACAAACUAGAUUUUGGUGAAAUGAAAUGGGUCGUGCUGGACGAAAAUACAAGUCAAGAAUAUGCUUUCUUUCUUUGCUACAGGAGUCAAGGUGCUGUUGUUAAACCUCAGUCGUGGUGGCAGCAAGGAUUUCGAAUGAGUAGAGUUGAGGACCUUUGUGGAAAUGAAAGAUUUUUUCAAACAGAUGACAUGUGGUAUUUUCCCCAUGAGUAUCGAGAUAUUAAUCGCAUGGAUGAGUGA